CCUGGAGCGCACGGGGCGCUGGGGGAGGUUCCAGACAGGAAGUCACCAUCUGAGGUUGCCCAGUGGGGAGGGGCAGGGCCUGUUGACUCUCCCCACCCCUUGUGUCAGCAGGAGCCGGCCUGAAAAAGCACCGGAGCACCGGCUCCCGCCGCAGCCACAGCCUCAGGAGGCCGGAGCCCAGCACCAUGACAGAGCUGGAGACAGCCAUGGGCAUGAUCAUCGACGUCUUUGCCCGGUACGCGGGCGGCGAGGGCGACCCGCAGAGCCUCACCAAGGGGGAGCUCAGGGUGCUGAUGGAGAAGGAACUCCCUGGCUUCCUGCAGAGCGGGAAGGACAAGGAUGUGGUGGACAAGCUGCUCAGGGACCUGGACGCCAACGGGGACGCCGAGGUGGACUUCAGCGAGUUCGUGGUGUUCGUGGCUGCGCUCACGUCUGCCUGUCACAAGUACUUUGUGCAGGCAGGGCCCAAAUGAUGGCCCGCAGCUGCGGGUCCUGGCUCUCAGCGUGUGCUGGCGACUGCUGCCCGGUUGCACCUGCUGCUCUGCCCGAGUAACGCACGCUCGGGUCGUGAUCCUCCAGUCCGCCCUGGGAACCUCAGUGCCCCCCCCUUCAUGAAAUAAA